AUGCGUUCAUCUUACGAUACAUAUUCAUCAUCAACGUCAAACUCCACUUAUAGAAGUCCAUCAAGCCAUUUGGACUUUACUCCAAUAUCUCAUGGAAGUGAUCGAGCAGAAUUUCACGAUCGUUAUCAAAACCGAUAUGCAUGGUUAGAAAAAAAUCAUGUUAAUGAUGUUGGUUCACAAUAUAAAUCAUUAGGUAAACAAGUUGACCAUAAACCAUCAACAUGGAGAUGCGAAGAUCAAGCGGAAGCUGGAAAAGAAUUUUUACGCAUAAAUGAUGAAUGUGCUGAUAAAAUCUAUGACAUUCGUGAACGCAGUGACAUAUCACGUGAAUUUCUUCUUAACUCGGAUGGUGUUGCAACACGAUUCUAUCAAUUAGAAGCCGAUGCCUUAAAAAAUCGUUAUGAAUUAAAUAACAUGAAACGUAAAUUAGAUGGUAUUAAACAAUUACGUGCUCGUUUGUUUAAAUAA